CAAGACUGUUUCUCUAAUUUAACUCGCUGAAGAAGAUAAUAUAAAUCCGAUGUAUUGCUUACAAGAUCAUCCUAGGGCAUUUCACACUCUUCUCCUCACUCUCCAAUAUAUUGCAUCGAUUUGGUUUUGUAAUGGCUGAGGGUGCACCUGUUGCUCCUAAUGCGGAGUUGUUUGAAUGGCCGAAGAAGGACAAGCGCCGAUUCCUUCAUGCUGUGUAUCGUGUUGGUGAUCUUGAACGCACCAUCAAGUUUUACACUGAGUGUUUUGGGAUGAAGCUGCUGAGGCAAAGAGACAUUCCCGAAGAGAAGUACUCCAAUGCUUUCCUUGGGUUUGGCCCAGAACAGUCUAAUUUCGUUGUGGAAUUGACAUACAAUUAUGGUGUUAGUUCAUAUGACAUUGGAACUGGUUUUGGUCAUUUUGCCAUUGCAACUCCAGAUGUUUACAAAUUGGUUGAAGACAUCCGUGCCCGGGGUGGCACUGUCACUAGAGAGCCUGGCCCUGUUAAAGGUGGACAAAGUGUCAUUGCCUUCGUGAAGGAUCCUGAUGGUUAUAUUUUUGAGCUUAUCCAAAGAGGUCCAACUCCUGAGCCACUCUGUCAAGUAAUGCUUCGUGUUGGCGAUUUGGACCGCUCAAUCAAGUUUUAUGAAAAGGCCUUGGGAAUGAGGGUAGUGAAGAAGGUUGAUAGACCUGAAUACAAGUACACCAUAGCCAUGCUGGGGUAUGCAGAAGAACAUGAGACAACUGUUCUGGAGUUGACAUACAAUUAUGGUGUGACUGAAUAUACCAAGGGAAAUGCAUAUGCACAGAUCGCUAUUGGUACUGAUGAUGUUUACAAAAGUGGUGAGGUUGUCAACCUGGUCAUUCAAGAGCUUGGAGGAAAGGUUACUCGACAACCAGGGCCAAUUCCGGGACUCAACACCAAGAUUACCUCUUUCCUAGAUCCAGAUGGCUGGAAAACUGUCCUGGUUGACAAUGAAGAUUUCCUGAAGGAGCUGGAGUGAAGAAAAUCGCUUAAUCGAAAAGAUUAUGAUGAUUAAGCACUUAAGUUCGGUUGCUCUGUUUUAAAUAAGUUUGUGUCAAGCAUCAAUCGGUACCACUAUGUGCUUGUUUGAAUAUGGUUCUCAGUGACCAGUAUGUGUUUUAAUAUGGUUCUUGUGACUUGAAUCGUAUUUAAAUAUUUAAAUAUGUUGCUUCUAAUGGAAGGAUAUGGUGCCAAGUUUUAUGUAUAUGUAAUUAUGUGGUAGGAAAUUUGAGUUUUGAGGUUUAUUAUGUUUUA